ACUCCGCCUGACUGCCAAGCGUGGCGGAUGCGCGUGGUAUGGGCUGGCCGCUGGCUCCGGACAGCGUAUGCUCUGUUCCGGGACACCCCACAGCGCUCGGCCUCCCGGGGUGCCCCCCGCCAGCGCAGGACGCAGAAGGACUGCAGAGCUGGGUGGGAAGAGGAGAAGAGUACAGACCGGGUGAAGUGGAGACAGCUAGAGCACAGAGGCCCGUACUUCAGCCCCGCAUAUGAGCCCCUUCCGGACGGAGUUCGUUUCUUCUAUGAUGGAAAGCCUGUGAAAUUGAGCGUGGCAGCUGAGGAGGUUGCCACUUUUUAUGCGAAAAUGUUGGAUCGUGAAUAUACGACAAAGGAAGUUUUCCAAAACAACUUCUUCAGCGACUGGCAAAAGGAAAUGACAGCAGAAGAGAGAAAAGUCAUCAAGCACCUAGACAAGUGUGACUUCACAGAGAUGCACAGAUACUUUGUGGACAAAGCUGCAGCCCGGAAAGCCCUGCCCAGAGAGGAGAAGCAGAAGCUAAAAGAAGCAGCAGAAAAACUUCGGCAAGAGUUUGGCUACUGUAUUCUAGAUGGUCACCGAGAAAAAAUAGGCAAUUUCAAGACAGAGCCACCCGGGUUGUUCCAGGGCCGUGGUGACCACCCCAAGAUGGGGAUGGUGAAGAGGAGAAUCCUGCCGGAGGAUGUGGUCAUCAACUGCAGCAGGGACUCAAAGAUUCCUGAGCCACCAGUGGGUCACCAGUGGAAGGAGGUACGCUCAGACAACACUGUUAUGUGGCUGGCUUCGUGGAAAGAAAACAUCCAGAGCUCUGUCAAGUACAUCACGCUGAACCCAAGCUCAAAGCUGAAGGGGGAGAAAGAUUGGCAAAAGUAUGAAAUAGCUCGACGCUUGAAAGGGGUUGUAGAUGAGAUCCGUUCUCAGUAUCGGGCAGAUUGGAAAUCACGAGAAAUGAAGCGAAGACAACGUGCGGUGGCCCUUUACCUCAUCGAUAAGCUGGCGCUGAGAGCAGGGAAUGAGAAGGAGGAAGGGGAGGCGGCUGACACCGUGGGCUGCUGCUCCCUCCGCGUGGAACACAUCCGGCUGCACCCAGCGGCCGAUGGCCAGGAGCAUGUUGUGGAGUUCGACUUCCUGGGAAAGGACUCGAUCCGCUACUGUAACAGAGUGCCCGUGGAGAAGCCUGUGUACAAGAACUUACAGCUGUUUAUGGAAAACAAAGACCUUGGGGACGACCUCUUCGACAGACUGACUGCUGGGAAUGGUGCCGUGAAACCACAUUUAGAGAGAUCCAUUUCCUCCUACUGCGCUCAGACGGCCAGCCUGAACAAGCAUCUUCAGGACCUGAUGGACGGGCUGACAGCCAAGGUGUUCCGGACCUACAAUGCCUCUGUCACCCUGCAGGAGCAGCUGCAGGUGCUGACAUGUGCUGAAGACAGCAUAGCAGCCAAGAUCUUAUCUUACAACCGUGCCAACCGAGCCGUGGCCAUUCUCUGCAACCAUCAGCGAGCAACUCCCAAGACCUUCGAGAAGUCUAUGCAAAAUCUCCAAACAAAGAUCAAGGUGAAGAAGGAGCAGCUGGCUGAGGCCAGGGUGGAGCUAAAGAGGGCAAAGGCUGACCAUGAGACCCGAGGGGAUGGCAAGUCCAGGAGUCUCCUGGAGAAGAAGAGGCGGGUUCUGGAGAAGCUGCAGGACCAGCUGGCAAGGCUGAGUGCACAGGCCACAGACAAGGAGGAGAACAAACAGGUGGCCUUGGGCACGUCCAAGCUCAACUACCUGGAUCCCCGGAUCAGCAUCGCCUGGUGUGUAGGCCUAGGGUUGUGGUUCCCACCUAUAGCCUUGAGAGGGACCUGGAUUUUUCAGGAGGCCCCAGUUGAGUCUCAUUGGUGCCCUGUGUCUCUUAUGCCCUCCACGGGCAACACAGGUCCUUUCCCUGACAGGGCUGACUGGUAUGUCCCUGAGGCUGAGUCCUGUGCCAUUAGUCCUCCCUUCCCUGAGCUUUGGGAUGGGUAGGGUGAGGCUGGGGCAGGGCUGGCAGCCUGGGAAACAGAGCAACCAUGGUGUUCACUCUCCCACCGGGAGUGGGAAGUGGCCAGGUCUGCGUUCCGAGUGCCCCAUUCAGUGGACACCUGGGCUGCAGUAGGUAUAGUCUUUGACACCUCCCUCACAU